GAUGGAAGGAGGAGGAGUGGAGGUGGAGGAGAGGGCGAGCGUGAAGCAGUGCCGCAAGCUGCUGUACAGGAGCAUGCGCAUCGGCGUUGCGGACGGGCGGAUUUUCGUGGCGCUGUGCUACUAGACCAUGGAGAAGAGAAAGAGAAAGAGUGUCUCGUUUUACAGCUCGCAGCAGUGGGACAAGCAGCGCGCCAAGCGAUCCCGCAACGACGAUGACGAGUUUUAUGAGGUGGAAUCCAUCCAGCAGAUGAGGCUUUUCGAGGGAAAACUCCAUUACUACAUAAAAUGGAAGGGAUAUCCAGAGGAGUUCAAUACUUGGGAGCCGCACAAGCACCUAGCGAAUUGCCCCCAGGCCCUCAAGGACUUCGAGCGGAGUCAGCAAGCUUUGGUAGCAGCUGAAGUGAAAGCUGAGGUGAAAGCUGAAGUGGAAGGCGAGAAGGCCCUGCCUCCAUUGCUAGCUGCAAAGCCACACCAGGACCUUGGAAGCCCGAGUUUGCAGUCCACUGUUGCGAAUCACGUCGCGGUGGAAAAAAUUCUCAAGGCAAUGAGCUACUCCACGAGAGAACUCAGCAACGGGGAGAAGGAUCUCAAUGUGACCUUCAAGGUUCUACGGUCCGAUGGCGAGGAGAUUCUACUGGAUAACAAGUACCUGCGCGAAAAUUAUCCCCAGCUGCUUCUGGAUUUCUACGAACAGCGUGUGAGGAACGUCCGGCAAUGAGAGACUGGGGAUAGUGUACAUAAUUUCUUUUUCCAACUUAGAGCUAGAGUACUUGCGGACGAGAUGCUAAAGCUUGGGACAAACUCUUUUGAGUUACUCAUGGAAAUUUUGAAGUUUACUAUCGCAGAAGAAACAAAUGAUUUAUGAA